AUGGCACCUGAACCAACAAGGAGAUCCAGAAUCAGGGACAGAGAUGACAUUAGAGAGGAAGGCAGAAGUCGGAGCAACAGUCAUGGUCCUAGCUAUCUUGACCAUCCUUCCCACUCUCCCGCUCUCAUAUUAUCCAAGUUCAACACCAUAUACAGACAUUCGGUACUAGACAUUCUCACUUAUUACGCUGGGAUUCCAACAGAUCCAAAUCCCGAUAACAACCCCCUCUCCACAAGAGACCCAAAUGACUCAUUAAACAAUGAUCCAAACGUUGCAACAACUUUGCUGAACUCGAAAACUCAAACCGCCAAUUCUAUCUCUAACGUCAAGCUGAAGUCGAUAGCUUUGGACGAGGUUGUAGUUUCCUUCAAAUACCCAAAUAUCGAGCUCGAAAUGCUCAAGCCAAUCCCAUUUGACAAGGCUUGUGGAAACUACCACGAGGUGGAACAGACUCUCAUCAAAAUGUCUAAAGAGGCUGCCGCUGCCCGCAAUUUGAGCCAUUUGCGUGUCUCUGGUAUUCAAUAUGCUAAUACUCUCUGGGAUUUGGUCCUUAUUGCUCUGAUAUCUUUGCUACCUAUUGGCCAUUACUAUUCUAACGUUCUUUAUGAAUCUUUCUUUGCUACAUACUUCCCCUUCAUGCUAAAAUUACAGCCAUACCAUGAUUACAUCAUGUAUGCCACAAUCUUGAUCCAUCUAAUGGAGACAUACUUUCUACUUUUCCCAAGGUUCACCAGAUAUCGUGUGCCAUUAGAUUAUGCUAUCGAAUGGACCGUUCUCACCCUCUUAGAGGGAGCCCCAUCGAUCAAGCGCUUUGACCGAUAUGUGGAACUCAUCUCUAGCGAUGAUGUCUAUUAUGACUUCUCCAACACCGACUACAUGGACUAA